UUCACUCUUCCUCACCAUCAGCUCUCUUUCUUUCUCUCUGAACAUUCUAUCACCACCAUAAUCACCGCCUGCCACCAUAUGCACCCGUAACCUACCACCACCCCCAUCACACAAACACACCCGCAACCUACCACCUCUACCCGUCGCCACCACAACUCAACCUCACCGUAUUUGAACCCUAAUCCCAAACAGAUCUGAAAUCGAGUUUUAACCGGAGACUUGUUUGUUGUUUGUGUAGAGUUGCAGGUUCCGAGUUAGUGUUGACCGGAAAUUCGCAUUAGAAGUUUGAAAGAUGGGGUUUAAUUUGAUUGGGUUCUUCUAGCUUAAAACAGGAAUUGUAGAAACGGAGACAUCGACGUAUGCUCAGAAAUGGGGAUUUCCAUUUAUUAGUAAUCUAUACAUCUAAAUUACGAAUUUUCCCAACCCAUUGUAAGCUUCAACUUUUGGAUUUUGUUUCAGAUGAAUGUUUAUUGAUCUAGUAAUGAAAUAUAUUAUUAACUCAAUUUGUAUGAAGAAUGUUUAAAAAAUAAAAUGUUUGGUGCUACAAGCCAGUUUAUUAUAUUUCUUUGGUUUGAAUUGAAUUGUUAAUGGCUUCUGAUAAACGCGAAGAUUCUGAUGUGGUGAGGGUGGGUUCUGGUAGAAAUGGUAGUUGUGGGUAGAGAGAGACAGUGGUGGGUAGUGGUGGUAGGGGUCCUUUUAGGUGAAAGGACUAAUUUGCCCUCAUGUGAGAUCAUGUGACUUGAUUUAAUUAGAAAAUUUAAUUGGGUUAGGGUUAAAGGACAUAGGGUGUAAUGAGUUUUAUAAAUAAAGAAUUGUGACUUUAGUUAUUAAAGUUAAAAUUCAACCAUCGCAAUUCAAUACAAAGACGAAAAAUGUAAUUUACCCGUUUACAAUUAAUUUAUCCAAUUUUCAAAAUCUCAACAAACUCCACUUUCCCCUUCUUUUUUCAUCUCACCAACACACACAAACAGUACACACAAAAACCCUAUUUUCUCGACACACAUAGUGAGUGUGUGAAAAUGGAGAAAGCACUUGUGAAAGUCGGAAGCAUAAAGGCGAAAGCAGGAAGUUACUGGAUUUCAAAGAAAGCUAAACAAGAGUUCUCCAACAUCUCAGAUGACCUCACGACUUUCUCAAGUACGGUUGAAGAGAAGGCUAAAUGGAUUUUUAACAAACUUAAAGGAAAACCGGUAAAAUCCUUGCCUGAACUCCUUCGCGAGUACAACUUACCGCCGGGUCUUUUCCCUAACAACAUAAUAUCUUAUGAAUUUGAUGAAACCAAAGCAAAACUAGUGGUGUACUUGCCUUCUUCUUGUGAGUUGACCUUCAAAGAUUCAUCUGUCAUAAGAUACGCCACUCGGGUCAAAGCCAUUUUGACGAGGGGAAAGCUCACUAGCAUUGAAGGAAUGAAAACAAAGGUGUUGGUAUGGGUCAAAGUCACAAAUGUGGCAGUUGAAGGAUAUAGAUCAGAUAAAGUAUGGUUUACCGCUGGAGUUAAAAAGUCAAGGCCUAGAUGCGCUUAUGAAACGCCCCUUGAUGCAACUCGAGUUGAAGAGUUUUGAGAAUCAAAAUGGUGGAUGGUUUAAUCGGGUCGAAAGUGCCAUUAAAACAGAGUCUUUUGUGUUAAAUUGCAUUAGUAUAUUUUGUACUUUUAUUGCUCUUAGCAUAUGAUCUAAUGUUGUUACUGGUUAGUGAGAAUGCAACAAUGUUACCAACUUAUUGUGUUCUGUGUUUUUCUUCCUGGUUUUUUUCCUUUA